AGUGACCAUUAUUGUUUGAAAGUUGUUGAAAGUGAAAAGAACCUUAAAGUCAAAAUGAUGAAGGAGCUUAGCAUGAAGAACAUCCUCACUGGCCUCUUCACUUCGGCGCUAUGCUUUGGACUCUCUAUGGCUUCGUAUCCCGACAGCUUAAACGUGGCUUCACGCUCGUCUGGACUGCAGGGCUGUCGGGCGACCACCACUUCCGUGCGCUUCAGGACCCUGACGAUGCGAGGGCCGAAAUCGAUGGUGACAUACCGACGCCUUUCGAUCACGGCGAGCGAUUUGGUCUCCUUAACGAUUGCAUCCCAGAAUAUCGCCGCUUCGGACGUGGCGCAGUGCGCGAGAUUGUCUGCUUUGGCAAAUAUGACUGCCUUCGCCUUCGAUGGAACCUGUACGACUUACCAAUUCAACAGGAAGCUCUGCUCCUGUCUUGGUGGCGAGAAAGUCAUUUACGUGGCGAAUUCCAGCAUUUCCUAUGGACCACCUGCAACUGUGCCUUUCAGCACCGCUCCCUACAUCAACACCACUGUCCGAAACCUCGAAGUCAAGGAGUACCAGCUCGUUAAUUUCUUCUCGGAUGUUUUUUCACAAGUUUUGGAACCAUUUUACACAGAUGAUGUCAGAGCUCUCCAGUACUUAUACGUCUUUCCUGGAGAAGAUGGCGGUUUCAAUGCUCUUGAUAAAGUCUAUUUGGACGUGGCUUCUUGCGUCACCGACGUCCCAUGCGGGGUGCCCAUCUUCGUCACCACAAUUUGGCCGACUUAUUACAUACUAAACGAAUGCGGCAAAACCAUCCAAAUCCCGACUCUUAAUAGUGGAGAACGAAUUUCGGUGUUCUCACAUCCCGGGUUUGGAUGCAAGACUUUCCCCGACGGCCCAACCUACAACUGCAACGUCACCUUCACGACAGCUACUACACUGGGCAUAGGCUAUUAUGGUUAUUUUUCUGGCAUUGACGGGUCCUGCGACGGCUACACGCUGGGCGCUGAAAAAAUUCUGUCCGGCACUUCAGAAAACGUUAAUUUGUGCACCGAUAAAUGGGGCAAGCACUUCGAUUCUGUAACUAUCACUCUCCGAGGCACUGCGGCGGCGAAGACGUUCAAAGCGGGGUUCUUCUUUUAUAUGAGUGUAUAUGACUAGUGUCUACUUAUCUACCUCCUAGUCUCAUAAGUGAUGAGACUGGCAGCCUAGUGGCUAUCCGCUUUUCCUUUGAUGGGAGGCAUCUAUGCAUGUGUGUGAGAAUUCGAAUUUUCUACUGACGACAUUUUGAUCCUCAGUCGUGAUUAGUUAAGAGAAUUUGGGUUUUCUGCUGUCUUUGGUAAUGAUUGGCAAUAAUCUCGAGCAGCGUUUUGCUAUUAGGUUUUGCUUCCGACUUUGACACAGGGAGAAAUUGGCAAAACUUUUACAGUGCAAAGAACGUUUUGUUUUCACGUUUAUUGGUUGAACCCAACUUUGGGUUGAAUAAAAAGUCAGGUUGAAGGCAAUGUCGAGCUGCUCGCAACUCUAGGCUGUGGCAGUAAUUGUCUGCAGCAGACAUUCUUUGAAUUGCUUUUAUAGCAUAUAAAAGACUCAUGUUGUGUAACAAGAACGACUAAUACGUGUGCUUAGCACCCUGAAGGCUCCUCACCCCACAAAUCUUUGCGCGUUCGUGUGGGUUUCUCAACGCAUGUUUUGUUUCUACGAGCUGGAAUAAGCAAGUUUGCUGAUAAUUGAUCAAUCCUUCUGCAAUUUUCGUGGAUCCCAAAAGUGAUAGAUUUGAAUUGCUUUUUAAUCGCGUCAUGGCGAUGGCUAUAUUGAUAUAAAUUUUACCGGCACUCCUAUAUAGUAAGCUCUCACUGACCAUUGAUAUAUAGUGGACUACGGGAAAUCAGGAGUUUUAUUGUGUGUUUGUGUGACCAUAUAUGUGUUGAAUGCGUGAAAUGGAGUUUAAAAGGGUUUAAAGGAUUUGUAGGGCUUUAACGUUUAUCGUGUUUUAAGGGGAGCUUGCUCGUCAAAAAUCGAAAAUUGAGAUUUUUCCGGUUUUCAAGGUCAUUUUAAAGGUCCAAGAACUGCGCAUUUAAAGAGCCCAAAGCAAUGUUUGUACGUUCAUUUGUUUGCCAGAAUCCAGAGCAAAGCCGUGGAUAAAACACCUAACUGUAAUGAGCAGAAAUUUCAGUUUUUUUGGCACUUGGAAUUUUCAUUUAGAAAUCUAUUUCUUUGUAUGAUUUCCAGGCAACAGCAUUGCGAGAUACGCCAUUCGAUUUGUAAAGACCUGGUCUGGCGAUCGUCCGGUCACUUUUUCUGAUUUACUUUUUGCUUGAUUAUAUUUUGGAACAAUGGGGGAGGGGCCAAAUUGAAAAAUCCGAAAAAUGAUAAAAAUUUGAACAAUUGAUAGGAUAGUCGCUAAAUAUGGUCUACAAGAAUCGUGAAUAUUUCUAUAAAUUUCCCGUUUUCUUUCAUUUUUUUCUAAAAAUUUUCAUGAACAAAGAAGUCUUGCUACGUAUGUGUGUUGCAAGAUUCAAAAUGAUCCGGCCGUAAAUAAAAUUUUUUGACGUUCACGGUCCAUUUAAAAUAAGCUAUUAGUACUAAUGCGACGCACGAGUGCUGUUACUUUAGCUGUGUGAA